GGAUAGUUUGGUACUUUCGAGAUUUUCCUUGUGAAUUUUAAGGUCCCUCUUAGUCUGCCUCUUUUAUUUAUUUUAUUUCUGUGUCUAUCAGCCUGGUUUGGUUUCUGAAAGCCAUUAAUUUGCUGCUAUCAGGUGACCUGGUUUUAUUUUUUUUUUUCCUUUUCAUUUUUUGGGACCCAGAAAUCAGCUUGAAACCCUAAACUAAAAAAAAAAAGCCAGAUGUUUUGCUUCUUUUAGCAGACAUGGAGUUCAAGGCCCUCACGAUCAUAUCGCCGAAGCAGCUCUUCAUGUUCAUCUACUACUAUCUCCGGAGGUUGUUAUGGCCAGUUUGUUCACUGUAUUUCAUUCUAUUCCUAUGGUUUACCUUUCUUUGCCUGCCGACAUGCACACCAUGCUUAAUGAAUGGGAUGCAGAAUUCACCUGAAUAUGAUGCAUGUGGCUCCUACAGCAAUAACCUCAAUGUGCGUUUUCAUGAUACUGUUGGUAAUUCUAGAAGCCUUGUUGCAGGUAGUUCAGUAACCCGUCUAAGUGAUGAGAAUGUUUGUAUUCAUUCUCAGUCGUUCUGUUUCCCCUCAACAUUAUUUGAUUUUGCUUCAAAAAGGCAUGAAACUGAACCAGCUGACGUAGGAAUUUCUAGGAGACAACCUGAUACUUUGUUAUCUCUAGGAUCAAGUUAUGCUGGGCAAAACUGGUCAACAGAUUAUGGUGUGUUUGAAUUGUCAAACGGCAGGGCCAUUUCUUGUUCUUUGUACUCCGUAGAGGUUAGCCCUGAAUUAUCAUCAGUUGAAGCUGGCAGUGCUAAUCUAAAUGAACUUUCGUCAUGUAGAGGCCCUUUACUAAAUCAGAGGAGUACACAUUUUAGGUUGAACAAGAAGUCUGAGAUGGUUAGAGCAGAUGCUGAUGUUUCAUCUUCAGUAAAUGUAGCUAUAAGCCCUCCUGUACUUGACUGGGGACAGAAGUUUUUGUUCUCCCCUUCGGUGGUAUGUUUAAUGGUGUCAAAUACCUGCAAUGACAGCAUUUUACAUGUUUAUGAACCAUAUAGCACUAACAUACAGUUUUAUCCCUGCAAUUUUACUGAGCUAUUGCUAGGACCUGGUGAAGUAGCUUCAAUUUGUUUUGUGUUUUUACCUAGAUGGUUAGGCCUGUCAUCAGCUCAUUUGGUCCUGCAGACUAGCUUUGGUGGCUUCCUUGUCCAGGCCAAAGGGUUUGCUGUAGAGUCCCCUUAUGAGAUUCAAUCUUCAACAAGCAUGAAUGUUCCUAGUGGUUGGCUGAGUAAACAUUUAUCUUUGUCCAAUUCUCUUGAUGAAACUAUCUAUGUGGAGGAAGUUACUGCAUGGGUAUCUGUUUCUUUGGGGAAUAUGUUCCACCUAACUGAAGCUAUUUGUAUACCAGACAGUUUUUUGGAAUCUGAUGAAGUUAGAUCACUUAGUAUGAAGGAUUGGUUGGUUGUGAAGAGUGGUCAAGUUGGUCUUCCCUUGAUGGCUAUGCGGCCCCAUAUUAACUGGGACAUUGAUCCUCGCAGCAGGGAGACCAUCAUGGAGAUGGAUUUUCCGUUGGAUUCUGAAGGAAAAAUUUUAGGUGCAUUCUGUAUGCAGUUGCUAGGGUCUUCACAGGAUCAACCUGAGUUGGUUAUGGUUCCAUUUGAAAUUGAUCUUGAAAAGAAAGAAAAAUUUGGUGGCUUUUCAGGUCCUGUUACAGUUUAUCUUGAUUUUUUCGAGACGUUUUAUUUUGGUGGAGCAAUUAUUACCAUUUCUCUGAAGAAUAGUGCUUCUCGCAUGUUGACUAUUGUCAAGAUCAGUGAAAUUGCAGAGAGGAAGCGUUUCCAUAUCAAGUACACAGAAGGGUUGCUACUUUUUCCUGGCACACUGACCCAAGUUGCUUUAAUCUCUUGUGCUCAGCUUCCUAAUGAAUUACAUGAUUCUCCAUUUGAAUCGUCCGACAUUGAGAGAAACUGUAUGUUGCGUAUACUGACAAAUGAUUCCAGUAGUCCUCAGAUUGAAAUUCCUUGCCAGGAUGUAUUCUUGCUUUGUUCAAGAAAUCAAAAGGAUUCAUCCAUUGGAGAUAAACAUCAGUCUCAGAAUAUCAAAUCUGGUAAUCCAAUUACAGGUUCAUUAGGCAGUGGCAUGUCUUCACAGUUCAAGGCAUUUGAGACAGAAGAAGCAGAUGAAAUGGUUCUGAGAAACUGGAAAUCUCUAGGCACUACAAAUGGUAUGUCAGUGCUCGAUGACCAAGAAUUGUUGUUUCCAAUGGUUCAGAUUGGAACUCAUAGCUCCAAGUGGAUCACUGUAAGAAAUCCUAGCGGACAGCCAGUUGUGAUGCAGCUCAUUCUUAACUCGGGAGAAAUUAUUGAGGAGUGCAGGGAUAUGCAGGCUCCUUCUGGCAGUUUGGUUUAUAUGGAACCCGCUGCACCAAAAAGUUACGGGUUCUCAGUAGCAGAGAGUGCAGUGACCGAAGCCUAUGUCCAGCCUUAUGGUGAAGCAUCUUUAGGCCCUGUAUUCUUUAGUCCUUCAAAUCCAUGUGGGUGGAGAAGUUCAGUUCUGAUUAGAAAUAACCUUUCUGGUGUGGAGUGGUUACCUUUGAGGGGUUUUGGAGGGUCACAUUCUUUGGUCUUGUUUGAUGGUUCUGAGCCUGUCCAGAGCAUAGGCUUUAACCUCAGCAUGUCAAUCCCUCUUAAUAUUUCUCCACUUGAUAUGUUUUUUCACACAGAAGAGACUGCUUUUGCUUGCUCUCAGCGUCUGUCUAAAGAGAUACAUGCCAAGAACGUGGGAGAUUUGCCAAUUGAGGUGAGAAGUAUUAAGGUCUCUGGGGCAAAGUGUGGACUAGAUGGGUUUAUGGUGCAUAGUUGUAAAGGAUUUUCUCUCAAACCUGGAGAAUCAACCAAGCUUCUAAUAUCAUACCAGACUGAUUCUUUGGCUGCUAUGGUACAUAGAGAUCUUGAACUUGCCCUGGCUAGUGGUAUACUUAUCAUACCUAUGAAGGCAAGUCUUCCUUUUAAUGUGCUCAAUAUCUGUAAAAAGACAGUUUUCUGGAUGCGAUUGAAGAAAUUCUCUGUAGCCAUUCUUUUGGUUGCUUCUUUAAUUUUCCUGGUAGUUUGUUGCAUAUUUCCACAAGUGACGGCAAUGGGCUCCCAGGAUUGCUUUGAUAAGGAGAAAAUCUCCAUUUGCACAAUCAGCAAUUCUGGUAAAAGUUUUCAUUUACCUUGCAACCAGAAAAACAGCAAAUUUUCUGUGUCUGCUGAAAUAGGCUGCCUUUUGAGAUCAAUUGGGGGAGGGAAAUCCUCAAAGCAUGCCUCUGGUAAUGGAUAUCCUGAUAAUGAAAAUGUUGCUCCAGAGCCUCAGCUAGCUUCUCCACUUGCAGUACGACCUUUAGAAAAUCAGAGAGGAAUUAAUAGUUUGCCAGAUACUCAAACUGGAAAUUCUUUAUCAUCAUUCUCUAAAUGUGCAACAGUUAAUGAUUCUGGUGCAACGGAAGCGUCUCAACCUGCAAAUCUCACGGUCAGGAUUGGAAAAGAGAAGGGAAGAAGGAGAAGGAAGAGAAAGGGUGCAGUUACUGGAUUAACAGCUCUGUUUGACUUAUCUAGUAGUCAAAGUGGAAAUUCAACUCCUUCAUCUCCUUUGUCCCCAGUCAUGUAUAUGACGACAAACUCUACAUGGCCACCAUCUCCUGAUGCCAACCAGUCUGUUGAAGCUAGAAAUCCAUUUGCUCGAGUGUCUGACCGGCCUUUGAAGGAGGUGCAAGUCUCUCUAUCGGAUUCAGGGGCACAUAUGGUGGAACACAAUGUCCCUGGAAAGCACUGCAGUAACACAAAUCAUUUUUAUACUCAGGAGCAGUCUUCAGCCCCCGGACGAAGUGCUUCUAAGCUGGUUUUGUUGCCUCCUCCAUCUUUUCCUUGUGCAAGUAGGCCUGUCCCAAGGAUUCAAUGCACUUCUCCUUUGGCCUCAACAUCUACAGUUGCUCCUCAUGCUCGUGCUCCGGGUUCCAACCUCUUCAAGCAGAAAGCAGUUCAAACAGAAGAGAAGGCAAGGGUGGGGAAUGAAUAUGUAUAUGAUAUCUGGGGUGAUCAUUUAUCUGGACUCCAUUUAACGGGUGGGUUAAAGGAUGUUACUUCCCUGAACUCUAAGUUUCCAGAAAGUAACUCUGAUAGUUUCUUUCUCAAGGGUCCUCAAACCUUCAUGGCAAAAACUCAGCCGAGGUAUGUAAGCUUCUUUCAUCAGGAGGGAUAAUAAAUAUAAAUGAAGAAAUAAUUAUGGAAUCUCCUCGCUCAUCUGGGUCACCCAAUUUAUUCAUUUCACUCUUUUAAAAUUCUCUGGUAAAAAGGUGAAGAUUUUUGAAAAAUGGUACUAACCUACAAGCAAUCCGUUGGCAUAGAUUUAGAAACCGACAUAGAUUUAGAAACUAGAACCGUGAUUGGUUCAUUUUAAACUUUUGAGAUAUUUGUUAUCCUGUUUUUUUUCCCCCUUAAAUUUAAUCUUUUCCUUUCUUUCAGUAAAUGGUGUUCUCUUUUCCUUGGAUUGUUUGAUUUCUGCCUUGUUACUGAAUUGAGUUCAUCCUUCUUCCUUCAGUAAAUUAUCGUUCUUUUUUUAUGAGUUCAUCCUUUUUUUUAAUUUAUUUUUAUUUUUUAAAAAUUUUUUGGCUCAACAUAUCAGUGCACAUACAUCUGAGGACACUUAGGUAAUGUUGUUCCCUUUCCAUUACAUAGGAAUCUCACACUUGUGCUUCAUUUUCCAUUACUUCUAACAUAUGAGUGUGUGAAGGGUGGGUUGUGAGUCAGAUUAGAGGGUGUUGAUGGUAAAUGUACAGUUUUUUUUUACUAAAACUUGUAUAAAUUGAUACGGAUACUAAAAAAGUUAACGAGUUUAUUGGAGGUGAAGCAUACAUGUCCUGCCACAUCAUACUAAUGCAGGCUGCCUUUUUUUUUAUUAUUAUAAGUAAUGUACGGACUGCUUAUUAUAUCAAAGAUUCUCAUAAAUAAGCAGGCUGAAUGUUACACGCUAAACAAAUACAAUCCUCCUUAUUUGUGGUUAUUGUGUUAGUGCCUGGCCUGAAUCUUGAUAGUGGUUAAUACUGCGACAUGCUCGACUUAUUUGACUAAUCGUUUCUUAACACUUCUAUUCCAUUAGGGGUAGUAAAUAGUUGUAGAGUACAUAUCAUAGAUUUCAGCAUUUUGCAUUAAUUUAAUAUUUUGCGAUAAUUAGUAAUUUAAUUUAUUAUUUCUCAUUUUAUAAGAGUUAAGAGAUUUAGUCUUCACAUACUUUCAACCUAGCGAUGUGCAGGUAAGUAAUGGAUUGUAAAUUAUUGAUUGGACCAUUUCUUGUAAUCUUAAUCGUUUAAAACUUAUUGUUCAAAAAUGCUAACGACAUAUUCUUUGUUCUCUGCAAUGAUGAUUCUCCUUGGUGUCCGAGAUCCCAAACUCUGAAUUAAUUGGUUCCCAGAAUUUUUUGUUUUUACCAUUAAACUAUUAUCCCCUUCUCCCAUUGUUACAGUUACCAGGAAUAAAUUUUACUUUCUUAAAAGUGCAGAUUAGAUGUGAGCUUUGUAUGUUUGCAAUUGUGAAAUUUAAAACAUUUUGCAUUGUAAACUUAAAAAAUUCAACUAGUAAGGUUUGGUUUGAAUUUCGCUCUACUUUUACGUAAUUUCUGCCUCUAGUUUUCUCAUUAAGAUUGGCAUGUGGAAUUAAAACAUAAUUUGUAUAAUUUUAUCUUUAUUUCUAUUUUGAAUUUUUGUGGAUGGGAAUUUAUUCUUAUGAAUUGAAGUGGGAAUUUAAUUCUUGAAUACGGUGUUAGGAUAAAAUCAAAUAUAAAACAUGUUCUAGAUCUAUGCAGUAAGACCAAUAUAAAAAUUGAAGUUGAGAAUUAAGUGAUAAUGGUAUGAAAAUUGAACUAGUCAGUUGCCGCCCCAAACAAGAAAAGGAACUAGUCUUAAUCUAAUUGAUAUGUGAUCACCCCCUUAUUGGGCCAAGGUCUAUCGUGGCUGUCCAACUGAAAAAUUACAUAGCAUAUAACAGAGAUUUACGGGUCUAGAUCUGGACGAUUGUAAAUUUUGGUCCAUUUUCCUACCCAAUCCUGCCCCAGAUUGAAUAAUUUUUUUAUUAACUCAUUUUAUCAACAUUUUCCUUGUUGGGUCACCACAUGAAUAUCUAUCAUCCCAACUUCAUGGGAAAAAAAUAUUGAUGAACUUGUGAUUUACAGUUGGUCAGUAGACAUUAUCAUCGAUAUUGUCAUCAUCAUCAUUGUCUUGAUUAUGAUUAUUGUUAUUGAUGUUUAUUAUAUAAGUGUCUUUAAUAAUUUGGUAGAAUUAAGCUUCAUUUUUAAACUAACAGUCAAGUUUUUCCACAAGUAUAAACAAUAUUUUUUACUAGGCACUUACGUGAUAUGUUUAUAUUCACAGUUUCAGUUUUUAUACUCUUACAGAUGCUAUUUCUUUAUUGAAUAAACUAUAGUCUAUCUUUUCAUGCUUUUUUGAAGCAGAAUUAUUUGUUUUCUUACUGUUUCCAUAACUUCAGGCAUGUGAUCGACAUGUAAUACAUAUUUAACUAUCAGUUGAUGAUUAGUAAGAAACUAAACUGAAAUUGCUUCAUAUAUUUGUUAUACAUAGAAUGAAUCUAGUUAUUAUUAUACCAAAAUCUGGAGGACUUCCAUGAAAUUUAGCCUUGUUUUUUAGAUGAUUAUUUUAAAACUGUUGAUCCAGGUCAAUUCUUAUAAAAAUAUGUAAUCUAUUAUAGAUUGUAAGAAAUGACCAUAUUGGAUAAAACUAAGAAUUAUUUGAGAGACAAGUAGAAGGAUAGACAAACAGAUAAUCAAUGAGAGCUGAGUUUCUCGUUGCAACUAUCUUAGCCAUUGCUGAUCCAUUACUGUUCCAUGGGCAUAGCAAAAGAUAGGUCUCAUCUAGCAGACCAGACAGGCACACAUGUUGCCCCACAACAGAGUUGUCAGUUUCCAAUGCCAAAAUGCCCUAGAGGUUGUUGGCUGUAAGAGAUUUAGUAGUUGAGAUUGUUAGAAUGUUGUAACUUUCACCUAUUAUUGCUCUCUGCACGCUAACAAUGCUGUUGCUGGUAGUAGUUACCAAAGAACUCAGAGCACUGAUACAGAUAAGACUGCAUUUUUGUUUCCAUGAGACUGAUGUUGACCUCAGACUGCUCUGUCUCACUGGGCUGUUUAAUGUAUUGAUUAUUAACUAUAUUGCCUCUUUCUUCCUUUUUACAUAGCAUUUAAGUGCCUGUUCUUACUUUUUACAUAGCAUUAAGUUCCCUCACUCCAUUUUAUCCUUGUAUUUAAAAUGUUUAUGGAUGAUUUUUUAGUUAGUGUAUAGGUUUGAAUAUGUUUCUUGAAAGAGCUGGCAAAGCUCAAUAGCAACUAUACGUUGAUCAACCUCACCAACCCAGAGAAAAUCAAGUCUUCGCAAUCAUUAUCUAGGUCGUUUUAUGUAUUUCUCAAAUCCUGAUAAUGUCUUGCUUGUGUUUUCUAACAUGUUAAGCCGUCUAUAUAAGUAUGCAAGUUAAUGAUUUUUGUGUUUCCCGGACCCGUGUGACUUGGGUCCAUUUUUUUGAGAGUGAAUAUAUAUGCACACACACAUAUGGAGCAUGGACCACGCCUACAGCAGGCAAGGAAUGUGACCUAUCCUUUCUCGUUAGGCUCUUAGCUUUUGGGACCUCUGCAUGUCUUAGCAAAGUUAUAUGACAAAAGCUUAAGAUAGCUAUUCAUUACGAUCUUGCCAGUGUUUCAAAUCGUCAUGGAUGAUAAAGAGACGGAUAAUUCCUCCCAUACUAAUAAUCUGGUAGAUGGUUUUUUUACUUUUGGUAAUCUACUAAGAUUGACACAUACUUGACUGUAUAUUUUAUUUCGAAUGAAGAAAAAAAAAAUUGAGAAAUUAUGAGUAUGAACUAUAUGUGUGUGAAUUUUGCUAUUAUCGUAUCAUAAGAAUGUUAGAUUCACAUUUGUAAAUGUGUAUGGCAUUUGACGAUACCAUGCAGAAAAUACUGUAAGCUGUAGAACGUACUUAGUAUUCAGUACUGGUCCGGUUAGCAAUUCCGAGGUCCUUUAAUGGUGAUGGAGAGAGGGCAGAUGAUCCAACAAUUUUAAUAGCCUGGUGCCGUUUAAUCCAAUUAUUGUUUUUGUUAUUAUUGUUUUGAUGCUAAUGAGGCAGUUUCUGCUAUUAACUUGUACAAAAUCCAGUAUAUAUUACGUUGAAUUGAGAGUGUGAAAAAAAAAAAA